AUGGAUAAGUUGGCAUCCCGCAGUGAUGCGGCGCAGCCGUCAUCUUCGUUGGAUGAACAACUCCUGCGGCUCCUGCAGCAGCAGGUGGCCAUAGAAGAAUGUCUCAGUGGCCAGCGUGCUCUCAUGCAGCGUAUCACGGAGGGGUUUUCGGUUCUUCGAGAAUGGGCCUCACGCCACGCCCACCACGAUCUGUCUCUGCACGACCUUCUUGUGCUGGAGGCAUACGGUGGCGGCAGUUUGUGUCACAACGAAGAAGCACCGCAGGAAGUGGAGAAAGAAGGUGAUGAAGGUGAUAUUCACCGUGGGGGAUAUAGACACUGCGGGCCAAAUGACAUGGCCAUUCCUGCUCCACAUGAUGACAGGAAUGAAAAUGGCAACGCGCACCAUCCAGAAUACAGCAAAUGCGAGCGGUGGCAGCAGCAGUUGCAGGAGGCAAAGCGAGCGUAUCGGUCAUUUAUACGAGCGCGUGUCUUGGAUGAGGGAUGUGCGGCCCCUGACAACCCAGCGCAGUUUCAUGCGCUUACGGCAGACUCGUUUUAUCUUCUUUUACCGCAAUUAACAGAGAUGCUGAAGGAACUUGUUGGCAUCACGCCUGGAGCUGCACGGGUGCAGCAGCCGUCAUCGUCAUUAUUUUCACUGUCAACCUCGCCUUCUUUUGCAUCCCUGGCCGACUGUUGUGCGUCACUCGCUCGUGUUCUGCGGUUUCUUGAGCUUGGCCUGAAGCACUUUCCUGAGGUGCUCGACAACAGUCCUCUGCGGCCUUGCCUGGUACAGAGCUUAUUGCAGCUGCAAGAAGAUGGCAACGACCGCAGCCAUACAAGAGAGGAGGCGGUGCUGCAGUUACGUCAACGUGCAGAGAAGUUGUGUGCCCACCUCCACCGCCUCCCUGUGGACGGUGUCCACAACUACGAAUAA